CUAGAGUGCGCAUGAGCGACUCCAUCACCGUCAAGGCGGACGGUUUCCAUGGCGCGAAUCAAUGUACAAACAAAUCGUAGCGAAAACUUCCUGCCCGAUAAAAAACAAUCACAAACGUCUUGACUGCUGGUGCAGUGGAAGUUUUUUCUUUGUGGUUUGCCAAAUCCCAUCGCAAUGGACAUAUCCACCAAACCCGUAUUUUCGUUCUCCCUCAACUACAAAGUGUUCGACAAGCUGGUGACCUGCGGGAAGUACGACGGGAUCCAUUCCUGUUUGACCAUGGUCACAACGGCGGACAAGAUUCUAAUCCACACGCCCCACAAACGCUACGGGCUGCAAAACUCGAAGCUCUCGAUUUCGGAAAUCAAAAAUGACAUCGCACUGCUUAACAUGAACUUUCCGAUACGGGCGAUCGUGGCCGGGCGGCUGAAGAAGGACGACGAACGCGACGUGCUGGUGAUUGGAAGUCCUUCGCAUGUGCUAGCGUACCAUGUGGAUGAAAAUUGUAACAUGUUUCAGAGAGAUUUCCACGAGGGCGUACGGUCUGCCGUGAUCGGUGGCUACGCAAACCAACCGGGCAAUACGCUGAUCGUUGGCGGCAAUGCGGUCGUCCGAGGCUACAAUCAGGAGGGCACCGAAGUGCUGUGGCUGAUAACGUCUGGCAGCGUGGUUUCACUGCUGCUAAUCGAUAUCGAUAAGGACGGUCAAAAUGAGCUCAUCACCGGCACGGAUGAUGGAUGCAUACGGAUCUACAAUAAGGAAGCGCUGCUGCACGAGUUUACCGAGGGCAACGAGAUACAGAAUCUGGUCGCCCUGCGCACCGGCCAGUUUAUGUACAGCGUCAAGAACGGCACGAUCGGUGUGUUCGAGGAGAACGUGCGAAUGUGGCGCAUCAAGUCGAAGGCCCGCGCCACAGCGAUGGCCACGUACGACAUUCUGGGAUGCGAGGCGAAGCAAAUGAUCGUCGGCUGGAAGAGUGGCAAGAUCGAUGUACGUGAUCCCCGCACCGGGGACGUUUGGUUCCGGAUGAAGAUGAACGAUUUCGUGUGCGGGAUCGCUUGCAACGACUAUCGGGGGAUCGGGCUGCUGGAUCUUGUCGUCGUGACGGCGGAUGGAGAAAUAAGGGGAUAUACGACGCCAAGCGUCAACAUGCUAACGUUGCACAACGUUGCCGAUGAGGAAAUGAACGCUCUGCUGACUCAGAAACAGAAACUGCUGCUCGAGCUGAAGCACUACGAAAACAACAUCAAGUACAACAAGGAAAUCCUGAGCAACACGAGCGAAAGCAAUCUGGUGCAGAGUGUGCCGGACAACGUCGGCAUCAUACCGUCCAACACGCGGCUACAGAUCGGCAUUUCCACCAGCUACGAUAGCAACGAUAUGAACAUCGACAUCACCGUGUCGACCAACAACUCGACCACGAUUCGUGUCGUGUUGAUCUUUGCUGAUCAGCUGUUCAAGGAGGAAACGCUGAUCGCGCACCUGACGAAGGACGUUUCGCGCAUACUGAUACCGCUCAAGACGCUCAAGGACAAUGCGCAGGACAUUCACAUCAAAGCGUUCGUCGGCUACCCGAGCAGUGUGCAGUUUCACGUGUUUGAACUGACCCGUCAGCUGCCCAAGUUUGCGAUGUACACCAUACCGCACAAUCUGACCGGGUCACCGAAGAGUGUGUGUAAGUAUGCCGCUUACGUUAUGUGUGCAGUUUUGUUUUUUUUACGCGCUUAGUCACCCGGUAUUUGUAGAUGAAGUGAAGAUCAUCUGAUUAUUUUAAACCGCCAACACGUGCUUGCAUGCAUAAGUCAUCGACAUUCGACCCCAAAACCGAAUGCCCGAACCAGUUUUGCUGUGUGGUGUGGUGGUGGUGCUGGAUGGAAAACUGUGAUUUGUGUUGUACGCCUUAACCGUUCGUACGGAUGCAGUGCUAAAGCCCAGUGAUGGAUUCCUUUUUCGGCUUCGAUACCAGUCUGCCGGGUGAGAACGACGAGGAGUAGGAGGAGGAGGAAGCUCGCCGAUUCUUCCAGGCAGCACCGCGGCGCACCGCCGAACUGCAUUCGCCGCUGCAGCGGCGCCGAUGCAAAGAAGACAUCUCGGACGAGGAGGAGUAUGACGCCCUGAAUGACGAAACGUUCGGUGCGGCGGACAAGGGCGACUGGAAGGACAUCCACGAGCAUCUCGUGCGGCUGGAAAGUUGCAGGAAUGGGGGGCGAACCGGUUCCUUCCUUGGGGAGGAUGAGGACGACGGGGGCAGCAGCGACAACAACAACAGCGAGAGCGGCCGUAGCAGUGUGGUGGCCCAAAGCAUUGGCGAUGAGUUCGCGAACAAGCUAUGGCUGGAUCCGAGCAUCUGGGGUAGCCCGGCGAAGGUUCCGGCUCCGGUGCAGCCACCGUACAGCGAUUAUAGGCCCAGCGGUACGCCAUUUUCUGCCCUGCCACCACAGCAGAGCGCCUUUCGACCACCGGAACCGGCGCAUCCGAUCGGGGGAGGUGGCCUGCCGCCAAAACCGCCUCCCUCACUGCCACCGGGCUUGUUUCCACCCAUGAAGAUGCUGUCAGUGGAGGACAUUGAACGAACCAUCAUCCAGCAUCAGCAUCAGCAAAAUCAGCAUCAAAGUAUGCUGCAAAAGCAAAUGUCACA